AUGCAUUAUUCCAUACUUUUCCUUGUAUGUGCAUUUUGCAGGUCUGACAAUGUUGGUGAUUUAACAAAACGUGUAGAUGUUCAUGAAACGGAGAUGACUCGCCUUAAGUCUGAAAAUGAAAUGUUAAAGGAUAUUAUCAAAAACAUAAUGACGAAAAUAACCUACUUAGAGGACAAGAUUAACGAAAUAAUUCACAAUAAGAGAGUCAGUACAACCAAUCCUGUAUAUGUGGCUUUCCAUGCCAACGUUGCAGGAAAAGUUAGUGUACAUGAUAAUGAAGAUCUACACUUCCAAACUGUCAACGCAAACCUUGGAAGUGCGUACAAUGGAAGCACAGGUGUGUUCAAAAGUCCUUCUCGAGGUUACUAUGUAUUUUUCGUACAUUUUCUCACUUAUGCACCAAAGACGAUUGAGGCUGUAAUAGUUAAAAACGGCGCUUCGAUCCAAAACGUUUAUGCAGGAACAAGAGAAUGGGCCGGAUAUGGCACUGGAUCCAAUUUGGCGAUAGUUGAAUUAAUGCAGGGAGAUAGAGUAUGGGUCAAAGUUCACAACAAGUAUCAUGACAUGUUUGAUGUUCUUGAUGGGCUGUUGGGCACAUUUGCUGGAUUUCUUCUUUAUCCUACAUCUUAA